AAAAAAACAAAAGGCAAUUCUACAUUGCCUACAUUCAUUUGCUAGUACCACCACCUUGUACUGUUGUUAAUGCUACCCACUUCCCUCAUUCUCCUCAACCAACCUUUUCUCUUCUUAUUUUUUUUCCCCCUAUUUUUAAAUUGUUUUUUUUUUCCUCCCAUUAAUCAAUUACCACCACCACACUGCCAGUAGUUAUCUUUCUCUAUUUGCUUCAUUCUUUUUUGGGUUUUUUUUUUUUGACCUUUUUCUUUCUUCUUACAUUAUGCUUUUGUAUGUUCACACGCUUACCUCAAUUUUGUUUUUCUGACUCACUGGGUUGGGUUGGGUUGGGUGGGGGAGUUGUAGUUUUCAAGACUUUUGCUUCUUGUUGUUGCUUGGUUUGACAGUCAAGUGGGAAGCUCAAAGAUUGGAUUUUGAUGCUCAAGGGAUGUGGAAAUCUCCAUCUUCUGAGCUGAUUUUUGCCGCCAAGAUGGAAUCUUGAUGCGGGUUUUUAGCUGAUUCAGCUCCCCACCCAGGUGGAUGAAGUAAAAAUGAUUUGAGCAUAUCAAAUAACUGCAUUUAACCUAAAGAUGAGUGGUUCAUUUACUCUUAUGGUUUAAAGAGAAGAAGAAAUGGGGGAAGAAUCGUUAUGCCGUGAUUUGGAAUCCUUGAGUGUAUCUAAGCGUCUUGUUAGAAGUGUCAGCCAGAGAUUGAAGAGGAAGAAUCUGAGAGGUGAAGAAGAAGAAGAGAACGGAAGUGUGAGCUGCCUUCCAUUGUACGGUAGAGGUGGUGGUUGUAAGGUAGGGGCCGAUACUGGAGAAGAGUUUGUCGGGGAUUACGGAGGAAGGAGGAGGUCGACAAGUGAGGAAGUCAGAGGAUACAUGACGAUAUGUGGAUACGAGGAUACGGCUGUGGAUUGCUUUUCCUAUGGGAUUUGGAGGAAAAAUAACAGAAGAAUUUUACAACUCAAAGCAGCUGCGACCCCACAAGAUGGGGUGAAUGUGUUUCUUCCUGACGACAUAUUGGAGAUGUGUUUGGUGCGACUCCCGCUCACAAGUCUCAUGAAUGCUCGCCUUGUUUGCAGGAAAUGGAGGAGCUUAACCUCAACAUCCCGUUUCAUUCAGAUGAGGCGGGAAGGCACAUAUCCAAGUCCGUGGUUGUUUCUAUUUGGGGUUGUUAAAGAUGGAUAUUGCUCCGGGGAGAUCCAUGCGCUGGAUGUGUCACUUAGCCAGUGGCACAAAAUUGAUUCCGAGAUUCUUAAGGGAAGGUUCUUGUUCUCGGUUGCUAGCAUUCAGGAUGAUAUUUUUGUUGUUGGAGGUUGUUCCAGUUUGACCAACUUUGGAAGAGUGGAUAGAAGCUCAGUUAAGACGCAUAAAGGAGUUUUUGUGUUCAGUCCCCUGACAAAAUCUUGGCGCAAAGCCACCUCCAUGAAAUACGCCCGAUCAUCGCCUAUUUUAGGAGUUUCCGAAGUCAGCCCAGAUUGUUUCAUCAUUAAAAGUCAGCAAAACAGACAUGAAAGGCGAUUCUAUCGGUCAAGAGUUGGUGGCGUGUCUGAUGUUUACGAGGAUCCACACCGUCUUUCAGUUAGGCGUCAAUCUAGACACUCUCUUGAUGAAAAUGAUGUCUUGAGAACGCACAAUGCGAAGCUGCACAAGAGUUCUGGACUGAAAAGCGAACAUUCUCAUAAUAUUAAAACUCCCAGGAGAUAUGUAAUGAUCGCUGUGGGAGGGCUUGGCCCAUGGGAGGAACCAUUAGAUUCAGCGGAGCUUUAUGAUUCAGUUUCAAAUAAAUGGAAUGAACUCCCUAGGCUGCCUGUAGAUUUUGGAGUUGCUUGUUCUGGGGUUGUUUGUUGCGGAUUUUUCUAUGUUUACUCAGAAACAGACAAACUCAUUGGGUACGACAUGGAAAGGGGCUAUUGGGUGCGAAUCCAAACCACGACACCAUCCCCUCCACGCGUUCUUGAGUACUAUCCGAAGCUCAUAUCAUGCAGUGGCCGCUUAUUCAUGGUUUCUGUGUCAUGGUGUGAAGGUGAUGGCCAAAUUGGGAGGAGAAAUAAAGCAGUUAGGAAGCUGUGGGAGUUGGAUCUGAUGUACCUUAGUUGGAGGGAGAUAUCAGUCCAUCCAGAUGCACCGAUGGAUUGGAAUGCUGCAUUUGUUGCGGAUAAAAAUUUGAUAUUUGGAGUGGAAAUGUUCAAAAUAUUUGGACAGGUGUUGGAUUUCUUGACCAUGUUUGAUGUUUCUGAUGAUACAAAGAAGCUAAACAGUUGGAGUCACAUUUCCAGGAAUCAUGUGGCGCAUCAUCAUGAAUUGGAUGCAGCUUCUUGCAUGACUAAAUCAAUGGCUGUGUUACAUCUUUAGAAAUGGAUAAUUGUUAUGCAAAAGUAAAUUGGGGCUGUCCGAUUUACUGCUCUUAUUUCGGUCAUGUUUUGUUGAUGAAUGUAAAUCGAAUUUUGACAUUGAAUUCUUUUGUUGUUAUCAUGAAGUUAUCAUCUGUAUCUUUUUGUUAAUGUAACCACCUUACGUGAACCAUAGGGCUUUUGCUUGCUGAGUGUAGUACUGGUGUCAUUUUUUAAACCUCCAGUACAAAGUUGGCGUUCAAAUAACUAUCAACAAAAAUAUCCAUUUUUAUCAAAUGCAAUGGACAAUUUGUGUG